AUGUCGAGCUGGGACAGCUUCUGUGGCGGAGCCUUAACGGGCAGUCCAUUCAAUACAGGAGUUCCAAAUGUUAGCGUCUGUUUCCAGCAUACUAUAUUAGUUUGGAUUCCAUUCUUAUUCGUUGCUCUACUAGCACCCGUCUUUAUUUUUCAAUCCAGAUUGAAUAGUAAGAGAUACAUAUCUUUGCCAUGGAGUAGGUUAUUCUUGUUCAAAUUGUUGAUCUGUUUCAUUUUGAUUGCCGUCAACGUUUUUACUCUUGUUUAUAAUAUUGUUAAAAACGACACUCUUGCCGUAGACAAGCUCUAUCCAUCUCUACUCAUCGUAACCUAUAUUAUCAUAUGUGGGGAACACCUGGUAAGACGGAAGACCGGAAUGGUCACUUCCGGCAUCCAACAUCUUUCUGCCCUCAUGUUAGCAAUUUGCGGUGCUCCAGAGUUUUAUCAGAGAGUUCGGGAAGGCCAUGAGAACAAGGGCUAUUUGGACUCAGCACUUACUAUCACCUAUUUGGCAUAUUAUCCGAUUUUGAUUAUUUAUACAGUCACACUCUGUUUCGCUGAUCCUAGAAGUCCACAUGAGAAAGCUCAAAGAUCCAUUGAGCUUGAUUGUUCUUUCAUCAAUCGAUUGACUCUUUGGUGGUAUAACCCUGUACCUUUCUUGGGAGCCAAGAAGUCUUUAGAGAUAGACGACAUUUUCGAAUUGAAUGAAGGUAGCACCACACCAUAUCUUACUGAACUAUGGAACCAUCACUGGGCCCCACGUCUCGCUGCUUAUCGCGAGCAGACCAGUAUUUGGGCAAAAGAUAAGAGUACCGCAAAAGAAGUACCAUUGCCAUCAGUUGUUGCAACUCUCUUCUUCAUGUUCAAAUGGGAAGUCUUAACUGCGAGUGCUCUCAAAAUAUGUUCGGACACAUUGCAAUUCGCCAAUCCAUUCCUCUUACACGAAAUGAUUGGCUUCGUUUCUGAUACGAAAUCUCCAUUAUGGCUUGGUCUUUCUUAUUCCAUCUUGAUGUUUGUCACAUCUGAGUGUCGAUCCUUCUUGCUCAAUGCAUAUUUCUAUAUCAUGUUCAGAAUGGGAAUCAAAUUCCAGACAGCUCUGACCGCUGCUGUUUACAAGAAGACUCUUACCUUAUCAAACUCUGCUAGAAGAGACAAAACUGUAGGAGAAAUCGUCAAUCUUAUGGCUAUCGAUAUUGAACGUUUCCAACUUAUUACACCUCAAAUUCAACAAUUCUGGAGUUGUCCUUACCAGAUUACUCUUGCUCUUAUCUAUCUUUAUAUCACAUUGGGAUACUCAGCAGCACCUGGAAUCGUUAUUAUGAUUAUUUUCUUGCCCCUUAACAUUAUCUGCUCCAUGAUCAUAAAGAACUGGCAGACGGAGCAAAUGAAACUAAAAGAUCAACGUACCAAGAUGGUAAACGAGGUACUAAAUGGAAUGAAGGUUGUAAAACUGUACGCUUGGGAAGUACCUAUGGAACAAUACAUCGAUGACAUUCGUCAACGUGAAUUAAGCUUGAUCAAGAAGAGUUCUUAUGUGAGAAACACUAUUGAUGCUUUCAACACCGCCAGUCCCUUUGUGGUGGCUCUUUUCUCUUUCGGAACCUAUGUAUUGAGUAACAAAUCUCAUGAACUUACUCCUCAAGUAGCUUUCGUCAGUUUGACUCUCUUCAAUCAGCUUCGAUCACCUAUGACCAUGAUUGCUUAUCUAAUCAGUCAGACAGUCCAAGCUGUUGUUUCCAACAAGAGAUUAAAAGAUUUCUUUGUUGCGGACGAAUUGGACCCUGCUGUUGUAGAGAAACAACAAGCUGAUCGCACAACAUACUCUGUUGAUGUCAAAGAUGUUGAUGCUUCUUGGGAAGGUGAUCUUGUUGAGCCUGGAAAAGAAACACUUCGCGAUAUUUCAUUCGAAAUCCCCAGAGGAACACUUUUUGCAGUUGUGGGAAAAGUUGGUGCUGGAAAGAGCAGUCUGCUCAGUGCUCUAUUAGGAGAAAUGGGUAAAUUGAAAGGCAGAAUUGGUGUAUCUGGUAAGUUGGCAUAUGUUCCUCAACAACCAUGGAUUCAAAACAUGUCCGUGAGAGACAAUAUCACAUUCGGCAAGCCUUUCGAUAAAAAACGUUAUAACAUGACAUUACACGCCUGUGCUCUCAAGCCGGACUUGAAAAUCUUACCUUACGGAGAUAUGACCGAAAUCGGAGAGAAGGGUAUCAAUUUAUCUGGAGGACAGAAAGCCAGAAUUUCAUUGGCCAGGGCUGUAUAUCAGGACUAUGAUGUCUACUUGCUAGACGAUCCUUUGUCUGCUGUUGAUGCUCAUGUCGGAAGACAUAUAUUUGAAAAGGUCAUUGGGCCAGACGGUAUUUUGAAAAAUAAGACUAGAAUCUUGGUAACCCAUGGAUUGACCUAUGUCAAAUCAGCUGAUGAAAUCGUUGUGCUUCAAGAGGGAGUCAUUGCUGAGCAUGGCUCAUACAACCAACUCAUGUCUAAUAAGAGCAUCUUCUUUGAUUUUGUUGAGGACUACAAGAGUAAGGAUGAGGAUGAUGACAGUAGUGUAGCCAGUGGUGAGGAAACUGAUCGAGUUUACAAGGAGGAUGUUGAUGUUGGAGAUGUAGAUGUAACAUCCGAUUGCAAAGAUAAGGGCUCGUGUCUUGACGUAUCUAAGCAAGGCGAUCAAGAUGAAAAGAAGAAGUUGAUUCAAAAAGAAACUAUCGAGUCAGGAGGGGUUAAACUUGCCGUUUACAAUAUGUACAUUCAAGCUGCAUCAUACGUUCGCAGUAUUCUUUUUGUCGUUUUCUUGACAGCUUUCCUUACCUUCCAAGUUUUGAGAAGUUUCUGGCUGUCUGCAUGGUCUGAUAGUUAUGAUGUUCCUAAUCCUGAUGUUGAUGUUGGUCAACGUCUUGCCGUUUAUGGAGCUCUUGGAAUUACUGAAUCUCUCUGUUUCUUCACUUGUCUUAUGGUUUUGGUUCAUGCUGGUUUGAAUGCUUCUCGUAAUUUACACGGACCACUUCUCCAUAAUCUAUUGAGAUCCCCCAUGUCAUUCUAUGAUACUACACCAUUGGGUAGAAUUUUGAACCGUUGUGCAAAGGAUGUUGAAGUUGUUGAUAUGUUGUUGCCCAUUAAUUUCCGUUACUUAGUAAUGUGCAUCCUCCAGGUUAUCUGUACACUCAUUGUAAUUAUGAUCUCAACUCCGAUUUUUGGUGUUGUUAUUAUUCCAUUGGCGAUUAUCUAUUACAUCUUCUUGAAAUUCUACGUUCCGACUUCGCGUCAGUUGAAGCGUCUCGAAAGUGUUAACAGAUCUCCGAUCUACUCUCAUUUUGGAGAGACAGUUCAAGGAGCAGCAUCAAUUCGAGCAUUCGGGAAGGUUGAGGAGUUUAGUAUGCACUCCGGAAAAAUUGUUGAUAGGUUUAUCAGAUGCAAAUAUUCGAACAUCGUUUCCAAUCGGUGGCUUAGUGUUAGAUUGGAAUUCAUUGGAAACUGCAUUAUCUUCUUUGCUGCCUUGUUUGCUGUCUUAUCAAAGGAAUUUGGAUGGGUUGACAGCCCGGGAAAAGUUGGUGUCUCCAUCUCCUACGCAAUGAGUAUCACUGAAGUUCUGAACUUCGCCGUCAGACAAAUUAGUGAAAUUGAGGCUAAUAUUGUGGCUGUGGAACGUAUUGAGGAAUAUACUCACACUCCUAAUGAGGCUGAGUGGAAAAUAGAAAAUACUAAGCUUCCUCAAGAUUGGCCCAAUGAAGGAGUUGUUAGCUUUGUUGAUUACUCGGUCAGAUAUCGUCCAGGACUUGAUCUUGUUCUCAAGAAUAUCUCGGCUAAUAUAACCCCUGGAGAGAAAAUAGGAAUUGUCGGGCGUACAGGAGCAGGAAAAAGUUCAUUUGCCCUUGCAUUGUUCCGAUUGAUUGAAGCUGCAGAAGGACAAAUUAUAAUUGAUGGUGUUGACAUUUCUAAAAUUGGAUUGCAUGAUGUCAGAGGAAAUCUAACCAUUAUCCCUCAGGAUCCCGUCCUAUUUUCCGGAUCUCUUCGUUUCAAUCUCGAUCCCUUCAAUCACAACACUGACGAGGAGAUUUGGGCUUCACUUUCCUCAGCUCACUUGAAAGAGUUCGCUAGCUCUUUACAAGGUGGUCUUGAGUAUCCUAUCUCUGAAGGAGGAGAAAACAUUAGUGUCGGACAACGUCAAUUAGUUUGCUUGGCUAGAGCUUUACUCCGAAAGUCGAGGGUGUUAGUAUUGGAUGAGGCCACAGCCGCCGUAGACGUUACAACGGACUCUUUGAUCCAGACAACAAUCAGAACCAAGUUCAAGAAUUGCACUGUCUUCACUAUAGCUCAUCGUUUGAACACGAUCCUCGAUUAUGAUAGAAUCAUGGUAUUGGAUAAGGGAUGCAUCGUCGAACUCGAUUCACCUGGCUCUCUGUUAGAAGAUAAGAAUUCCAUAUUCGCCAAGAUGGUUGCCGAUUCCAAAAACGCUGAACAGCAAAAUUAA